AUGAAGCUCAGUCUCUACAUGAUUCAUGAAAUUAAAGAGAACAAGAUACCAAAAAUAACCAAUAGUUCCUACCAUGCCUCUCAACCCCUCCAACCCAACCAACCAACGAACCAAACCACCCAAACGCCGACCAUUUGUUUCUCCCUUAAGGCUAAACAAGCCGAGAAGAUGGGUAAGAAGGGCCCUCCGACGGCCGGGACGGACAUGCAGGUGGCCGUGGUCAUGUGGGCUGUUCCACCACCACCACCUCCUCCACCGCCGCCUCAACUGUGGACGCCAUGGCUGAUCCCUUUGUUCGCUUUGGCCAACACGGCGGCCUUCGGUUACUCUCUCUAUAUCAAUGACUGCCCUUCAUCCACAUCCCAUCCCCCUUCCGACUGCUUGUUCCCCACUCUCCGCCGCUUCUCCUUCGAGCCCCUCUAUGUCAACUUCCUCCUUGGUCCCUCCCCCUCCACAUUGGAUAAGUUGGGUGCUCUGGAUUACUACAAAGUAGUGGUGAACAAAGAAAAAUGGCGGCUUAUGGCUUGUAUUUGGUUGCAUGCUGGACUCAUCCACCUUUUUGCCAACAUGUUGAGCCUCUUGUUCAUUGGUGUUCGUCUUGAGCAGGAAUUUGGUUUUGUGAAAAUUGGAAUUCUGUACAUAAUUUCUGGGCUGGGUGGGAGCUUGAUGUCUUGUCUUUCACAUAGGGAGGAUUCAGUUGGUGCAUCAGGAGCACUGUUUGGAUUAUUAGGCGCUAUGCUUUCUGAGCUCAUUACAAAUUGGACAAUAUAUGACCAUAAGUGUGCAGCACUGUCUAGUUUGAUAUUUAUAAUUGCUAUCAAUUUGGCUGUUGGAUUGCUUCCACAUGUGGACAGUUCUGCUCAUUUUGGAGGAUUUAUUUCUGGUUUCCUUCUUGGUUUUGUUCUUCUGAUGCGUCCGCAGUUUGGAUGGAUCAGUCGUAAGCACAUUCCUCCAGGUUAUGAUAUACAGCUUGUCAAACCAAAAUACAAAUUUUAUCAGUAUUUCCUUUGGUUUGUAUCCUUCAUUCUCUUAAUCUAUGGAUUUAUGAAUGCCUACACUGAACUCUUCCCUCCAAAUAAAAAAUUAUAGCUUCUGUUGUUGAACUUACCAGAGUGACAGAUGUUAUUAACUCAGAGAGUUUCCAUUUGCUUGAAGAAUUUCAGAGAGUGAAAUGGUGGCCAUUUAUUUGUCUCUAAAAUGAGAACAUGGGGAUAUUACUUUCAUAAGCUCCUAGUUAAUCACUCCACAGAUGCUAUCAGGUUGCUUUUGGUUGAGGGAUGCAUGUGGAGCUUGUUACAUGAUCUGGGUGAUCAUAAUAAUUCACUGCAACCAAAAUUUAUUUGGGUUUCUUGAGCUUGCAAGUGAUUUCUAAUUCUGUGAUAGUUUUAAACAGAUAGCGCAUUAACUUAUUUGCCAGGGUACUGUUAGCUUGAUGUGGUUGGAGGAUUUCUUUCUUUUACAGUGUGAAGGAUUCCUUUCGGUUUGAGUUUGAAACUCAACCAACCAGUUCUGAAGACACUGAUGUACAAAUCUGUAUAAAUUUUGUCAAGGAAGUGCAUCAGCUGGAGAUUUAUGAA